GUAGACCAUCAGUUUGUUAUAAGAUGAAGCUUCAGCUCGCCCUUAGCGCUCUCUUUGUGAUUUUGUGUGGCCUUGUCCAAGCCUAUGAUGGUGACGGACAACCGGGUUGCAAGUCCCAAGUCGAGCUAGAUAUAGGACUCUUUCGAAACAAUUGGGAUGCCACGUCGUACUGGAAGUGUGAGACACUUGACAAACCAGCCAGCGAAUUGAAGUGCCCCAGCGAAACGGGAUUCAUGGAUAGUCUCAAGAACUGUGUCAGCUGGGAGGAAUGGGAGUGGGAGAAACCCGUGGCCCCGAUCAGCGAAGCAGAUUAAUAACUAAACGCAUAUAGCAGGAAAAUAGAACAGCAAAAUGUGAUUAUUGAUGUUGUUAAAUUGAAAAUAAAAAACUUGCGUUAGGGGUGGUAUACGCAGUAAAA